GUCAAUGCCUGUCAGCACGCUGGAAUGUGCGAAUCACAUUGUGCAGUCCCCCAGCUCGCGAGGACCUUACAUUUAUAGCUCCUCAAUACUUGUCCAUUGCAUUCUAUUCCUGAUCGAUUGUUGUCAGAUUGGUGAGGAUCAGGAUGUCUUCCUCUCCAGAGAUGACCAGUAGCCUGUUCUACACCACCCUGGCCCCCCUGCGGUCGGCAGUCCCUGGGUCUGUACCCGGGGCUGGAGGUGGAGGUCUGGUGAUGCCCACCAUGGAGCCCAACAUAACCUCCUGUGAGGAGUGGGAGGAGGCCCACCACCUGCUCUUCCACCUGGGGAACCUGUCUCUCCUCCUGGGCCUGGUCAUCCCCACCACCCUGACCCUGCACAUGAUCCUGCUGCGCCUCAUGCUGAUGACAGGAAGCUGUCUGUUCAUCACCUGGGCAACGCUGUACCGGUGUAACCUGGAUGUCAUGGUGUGGAACGUGGUCUUCCUGCUGGUCAACUUCAUGCACUUCUUCUACCUGGUCUACAAACGCAGACCUAUUAAGAUUGACAGGGAGCUGAAGUCAGUGUACAAGCGGAUGUUUGAGCCCCUUCACGUGCGCGAGGCCCUGUUCCAGAGACUGACGGGCCAAUUCUGCACCAUCCAGAGCCUGAAGAAGGGACAGGUGUAUGCUGCCGAGGACAAGACCUCCGUGGAUGAGCGCCUCAGUAUCCUCCUUAAAGGAAAAAUGAAGGUGUCAUAUCGUGGUCAUUUCCUCCAUAACAUCUACACCAACGCCUUCAUCGACUCCCCUGAGUUCAGAUCAACCCAGAUGAACAGAGGAGAAAAAUUCCAGGUGACCAUCAUGGCAGAGGAGAACUGUAAGUUCCUGUGUUGGUCCAGAGAGAGGCUCACCUACUUCCUGGAGUCUGACUCCUUCCUGAACGAGGUGUUCAGGUACCUCAUUGGCAAAGACAUCACCAACAAGCUGUACUCGCUCAACGACCCCACUCUCACUGACAAGGCAGCGAAGAAGAUGGAGCGUCAGCCCAGCCUGUGCUCCCAGGUCUCUAUGAUGCAGAUGAGGAACAGCAUGGGCAGCACCAGUGACACCGGCGACAUCCUGAACCAGAUCCACCGUGGAGGCUCCAGUGGAUCCUCACAUCAAAAAUCUCCUGGCUCCAACACAUCCAAAACGAUGAAGCCCAUUGAAGAACAACUGGAAAAUGAUGUCUUUACAGAGUCUGAGCCAGACUCUCCUGUUAAGAAACGCCACACCCACUCGACAGCCAUAGAGGUGUAAGAUGUGACAUUAUCCUACCACAACAGUGCUGACCACCCACCUAUAUUGUAAUCUGAAACAAGCCCUGGUUAGUUAUGGUAGAAUAACUUAAACAAUAGCUUGAAAAAGGCUUUUACAUGAUCAAAAUAUCUAUCUACAUAUAGCUGGAAAACAGAACUGCACAUUUUGGCAUCUCACUUUGUCUUGUAGUGUUUGGUAUUAUUGUGAGUUUGUAGCUGUUGUACUUUUGAAAUCCUGUUUGAUUGGAUGUUGUACAAUGCCUUUGCUGUUCAUUCCUACACAGUGAGAGUUCAAAAAAGUAUUACGUGUCACAACCAAAACAUUUUAGUGUAAGCACAACCUCUGAGGAAGGUUUCUUUUAAAUAUUUUACUCAUUGUGUGAUAAAUUCUCUUAUUUAUGCACUGAGCUUCUGCACGGUUGUGUGUUGAUGAAUGUAGAGAUCUAACAAGUUAAAUCUUCUGGUCAAUGCUAACCAUUUGAGGCUGUUAUGCUGUUUUUUUCACGGCUAUAAGCACACAAGCUUGGGAUCACUCUUUUAUGCCAAGAUCGUUACCUUAUAUUAAUUACUCAGAGGGAACACUUGAAAAAUAAAUGAACAGAAUUGAUG